GUAAAAACACCACAUUCCUUUGGCACAGGAUGAAGACCAGCUCAGCUUCUCAGCCGUUGAUCUUUGUCUAUUGUUCUCCAAACAGUAAACCACUAUUUCCACACCGACAGAUUGCAGGCUGCAGUUGUGUCUGAGUCCUGGACUCCUCAUGAAUAUGAACUGAAGGGCUCUGACCCAGAAAGUGGUUCUGAGCAGGGUAACAUGGGGUCUUGGAAAUGUGGAAGCUGCCUGAGUAGUCUGCUGAUUCCUCUUGCACUUUGGAGUAUAAUUGUAAACAUAUUAUUGUAUUUCCCCAAUGGGCAAGCUUCCUAUGCAUCCAGCAAUAAACUCACCAACUACGUCUGGUAUUUUGAAGGAAUCUGUUUCUCAGGUAUUAUGAUGCUUAUAGUAGCAGCAAUUCUUCUUGUACUGGAGAAUGAUAACAACUAUAAAUGUUGCCAGAGUGAAAACUGCAGCAAAAAAUACAUGACACUGCUGUCGAUGAUCUUUUCUGCCCUUGGAAUUGCUUUCUCUGGAUACUGCCUGGUCAUAUCUGCUUUGGGCCUUCUUCAGGGCCCUUACUGCCGUACCCUUGAUGGCUGGGAGUACGCCUUUGAAGGCACUGCAGGACGUUUCCUUACAGAUUCUAGCAUAUGGAUUCAGUGCCUGGAACCAGCACAUGUAGUGGAGUGGAACAUCAUCUUAUUUUCUAUUCUCAUAGCUCUCAGUGGUCUUCAAGUGAUUGUCUGCCUCAUCAGAGUAGUCAUUCAGUUGUCCAAGAUACUGUGUGGAACCUAUUCAGUCAUCAUCCAGCCUGGAAUCAUUUGAAUAAGAACAACAAUCUUUUUCUUUCUCAAGAUAUGGUCAUCUACCUGUGUCAAUUGUUUGGACUUGAGGGCCAUAUUCAGAUGAUGGCUUUUUUCUCCAGUUGGUGUUUAUUGUCCUCAUUGGAAGUGCCUUCCAUUUAGAAUUUUUUUCUAAGCUGUAUGUGUCAGGAUCUUCAGAAAUGUUCAUACCCUUUGAUCAAAUAAAUCCAAUUUCUAUAGCCUAUACUAUGAAAAUAAAUAAGAAUAUAAGAUAAAGCUUUAUGCAACUACA